AGCCAGUGCACCGCUGACAAAUACAUGUGUCCGAUGUCAGAUAUUUGUAUUGAUUUAUCGAGAAGAUGUGAUGGGAAGGUAGACUGCGGUGGAUCAUACGAUGAACUCGAUUGUGAAAGUUUGACAGACUGUCGCACAGACUAUGAACAUUGCCCAGGUGAGGGCAACAAUCUCUGCAUUGAUCCCUCUGAAAGAUGUAAUGGUCAAAAUGAUUGUAUGGACAAUUCAGACGAAGAUGCAAGUUUUUGUGCUAAUACUCCAUGUCCAGACUCGUUUGUAAGAUGUGUAUCAACAAAUACUUGUGUUCCUGGAUCCAAAUAUUGUGAUGGUAUUUCAGAAUGUUCGGAUGAUAGUGAUGAACCCCCAUUAUGUACAGUCGUACCUUCUACAUGGAGCUGUCCAGCAUUACAUUUCAAAUGUGAUAACAACCGAUGUAUCUCUGAUCUCAAAGUGUGUGAUACUGUCGAUGACUGUGGGGAUGGAUCAGAUGAAAAUGUUAAUUGCACUGGUCACAGAUGUCGGACAGGCUACUUCACCUGUGAGGUUAAGCGCUUUGAUGGUGAGAGAUGUAUACCAACGAGUCAAGAAUGUGAUGGUGUGGCGCAUUGUCAAUUUGCUGAAGAUGAAGAUGAAGACAAAUGUGACCAAACAAAUAUUAGGCCCUGUGAUCCUGAUCAAUUUAGCUGUGAUAAUGGUCUGUGCAUUCUUAGCCAGUAUGAAUGUGAUCACCACAGUGACUGUGGCGAUGGCUCAGAUGAACACGCUGGCUGUGAUUAUCCGCAGUGUUCAUCGAUAACUCAAUUUACAUGUGAUAAUGGUGUCUGUAUAGCAUUGAGUCAGAGAUGUGAUGGAAACCAUGACUGUAUAGAUAAUUCUGAUGAGAAAGAUUGUCCGAGUUGUUCUGCUGAUGAGUUCACAUGUGAGAAUGGCCGGUGUGUGAGUAAUAGUGAUGUCUGUGAUGGCUCCGUGCAUUGUCAAGACGGGUCAGAUGAAAGAUUCUGUGGUAUAAAUGAAUGUUUAAACAACCCUUGUGAUGAUGUGUGUACCGAUACUGCAACAAGCUUUGUGUGUUCCUGUGUUAACCGCCCUGGAUUUGUCUUAGCACCAGACAGGGUCUCUUGUGUCGAUUUUGACGAGUGUGCGAUGACUCCUGAUGUGUGUAGUCAGAUCUGCCUGAAUACAGAGGGCUCGUACAGCUGUGACUGUACAAGAGGAUAUGAUCUCCAGCCAGAUGGAUCCUGUUUAUUAACAAAAACUGAAGAAAUUCCCCACCUAUUGGUUGCAAAUCGAUACUACGUCAGAGACUAUGACACAUCGAAUCCCUCUGCCAACACCGCCAUCUUAGCUAAUUUUGAAUUCGCCGUGGCACUGGACUAUGAUAUGGUUGGAAACCAGGUGUUUGUAUCGGAUGUCAUUUCAAAUCACAUCAUCCGUAUGGAUAUGAAUGGUGAAAACAAAGUGGAUAUCAUUGAUGAUGAUGGCAACAGCAUAGAGGGACUCGCAGUGGAUUGGGUUGGAAGGAAAGUGUACUUUUCAGAUCGACCAAGGAAAGUCUUGGAGGUGUGUGAGAUGGAUGGAAGUAAUCGUCGAGUUCUAAAACGAAAUAACCUCUCCCAGGUACGAGGAGUGGCAGUAGAUCCAAAACAUGGGAAUAUGUAUUGGACAGACUGGGGACUGAGGGCGUACAUUGGACGUAUGGGAAUGGAUGGUAGCAACGCUAUUGAGAUACAUAAUAAAGACAUUGCUUGGCCUAACGGAAUCACUGUAGAUUAUACUGCUGAUAGAAUCUACUGGACUGAUGCGCAUCUUGAUCAUAUCGCGUUUGCAGACUUGGAUGGCAACAAUAUCCAUGAGAUUGCGAAUGACGAUGUUGUACAUCGGAUCGCCCAUCCAUUCAGUGUUGCUGUGUUUGAUGAUUGGGUAUACUGGACCGAAUGGAAUAUCAAAAAGAUCUACAGGGCUCACAAGUUGACUGGAGAGUACGAGGAGGAGUUUGUUACUGGCAUGUAUCAUCGUCCCUUUGAUCUCGCCGUCUAUCAUUCUUUAGUUCAAGAUACAGAGCUUGUGAACCCAUGUGGAACAGACAACGGAGGGUGCAGCCAUCUUUGUUUGCUGGCACCGGGUGGAGGGUAUACCUGCCUGUGUCCUGAUAACUAUGAGAUGGAUGAUAAUGGUAUCUGCGUGGAGAGAUGCCUCAGUAGUCAGUUUCACUGUUCUGCCGAUGCCGAUUGUAUCCCUUGGUUCUAUGAGUGUAAUGGAGAAGCUGAAUGCUCUGAUGGGGAGGAUGAAAGGAACUGCCCCGAAGGAGAAAGGAUAUGUGACUCUGCAGUGUUCCAGUGUGAUGGUGGAUUCAGUUGUAUUCCUAUUCCAUGGCUCUGUGAUGGUGAUUACGACUGUAAUGAUGACACAGAUGAAUCACACUGCAUUAAUAAUGAAUGCCAAGAUUGGGAAUUCAAGUGCAACAGUGGAAAGUGCAUCCCACGUAGUGAGGUGUGUGAUAGAGAUGAAGACUGCCCUGAUAACGAUGAUGAAGAUGAAGAGUUGUGUGCACAUCCCAACACAACAUGUUCGGAAGGUUACUUCUCUUGUGCCAAUGGUUUCUGUGUUCCUGAGGCAUGGGUUUGCGAUCUGGAUGAUGAUUGUGGAGACAUGUCAGAUGAACCUUCAACAUGCUAUCAAUCAACAUGCCCGCCUGGUUGGUUUGGAUGUCAAGAUUCCUAUCGUUGCAUCCCAAAUUAUCUCAGAUGUAACUUAUACUACGAUUGCAGGAAUUCUGAUACUAGUGAUGAAGAUGGCUGUCCUGAAGUGACGUGUGAUCCGAUAGGAGAUUUCAGAUGUGAUAAUCACAAGUGUAUCCCCAAACGAUGGGAAUGUGAUUUCAAUAAUGACUGCGGAGAUAGAUCAGAUGAAUAUGAAGGAUGCGUAUACCGACUGUGCAGUGAGAGUGAGUUCCGCUGUUCUAAUGAACGUUGCAUCCAAGGAAGCAAGGUGUGUAACAAUAUAGUUGACUGCCCCAAUGGAGAAGAUGAACUCGACUGUGGGGAUCAGAAUUGCCCUAGCGGUUACAUGAACUGCGCAUUUGGGACAUGUAUCAAUGAAACUCUCUUUUGCAACGGUCGAAAGGAUUGCUAUGAUAAUUCUGAUGAAAUCGGUUGUGCAUCUACAGGAUGCGAGGAAGGUGAGUUCCGAUGUACCAACAAUCGUUGCAUCCCGGUGCAGUAUGUCUGCGAUGGAACGAAUGAAUGUGGGGACGGAAGCGACGAAACCAGAGAGGCAUGCCAAUCCAGCAAUUGUGUUACAAGUGAAGGUAUACGAUUCAGGUGCCGUUCGUCUGAUCUGUGUAUAUGGAGAGCUCAAGUAUGCAAUGGACACAACGAUUGUGGAGAGUCGGACACAAGUGAUGAAGAACGAUGCACACCCGGUGUUUGUACAGGUGACACUUUCAGAUGUCCUAGUGGUGAGUGUGUUCCAUUCACUGCUGUGUGUGAUGAUAACAAUGACUGCCUGGAUAACUAUGAUGAAUUGGGCUGUGAUAAAGAUGCUUCCUGUGAUGAAAACAAUGGUGGGUGUGAGCAUAUAUGUACCACUAUCAAUUUAAACAGUGCCGUCUUGUGCCAGUGUAAACAUGGCUACACGUUAGCAGCCGAUGGGCGGAAUUGUGUGGAUGUGAAUGAGUGCACCGAUUUUAACUGCAUUCAAUCAUGCUCCAACUCUAAAGGUAGUUACAAUUGCUCCUGCUCCGAAGGGUAUUCAGGACAGAACAAUAGUUGUAUUGCAAAUGGAGAAGCACCAUAUUUGAUAAUAGCUGAUGGACAGAGUAUUACCCGAGUUGUCAAUGGGACUCGACAGUUGGUUGUGGACCACCAAAGCAGAAUUGAAGGCCUAGACUAUAUGUUUGAAACAAAUAAUUUAUACUUUGUAGACAGUGAAACUCGCUCUAUCAAGAGACAUUCAUUGCAAUAUGACAGUCGAAUAGCUCCUGAGAACCUGGCUGUUGAUAAUUUAUACCUGCCUGUAGAUAUGUCCAUAGAUUGGAUUGGAAGGAACAUCUAUUUCACUGAUCAGGGGAUAGAUGCAAGGCCGUCAAGAUCUAAACGUCAGUCGACCCAGAUCGUAGCUGAUCCUUACCCUAAGAUUGCUGUUGCUGAUCUGGAUGGAUUGCAUGAGAUAACACUUACCAAGGACAAUGUAGAGAAACCAACAGCUAUUGCCGUUAAUCCAAGGAGAGGGUAUGUCUAUUGGGCCGACCUUAGUUAUACUGUCGGCAAUGCCUUUAUAGCAAUGGCUUACAUGAAUGGAGAGAAUUCAGAGAAGGUCAUCCAAACGGGACUUGUCCAGCCGCGAGGACUGACCAUUGACUUCAGCAAUGAUGACCGGGUCUUUUGGGUGGACUACAAGCUGAACGUCCUGCAAGGGAUGCUCUUUGAUGGCUCGAACAGGAAGACUCUUGUUAGCGGAGAUCAAAUCGAAGACUCCAAUGCGAUGUUUAAUCCAUUCCAUGUGGAGGUAUUUGAAGAUCAAUUCUACUGGACGGCCAGUACCAGAGGAGAGGUCAUCAAGGCCAAUCGAUUGAACCCUUCCAAGAAUCUGACCGAAGUCCGCCUCUUGACCAACCCCGCUGGACUCAAGAUGUUCCAGUUCAAUAGAUAUCCCCAAAACAUUUACAAUCCAUGUAGUGGUAAACGAUGUAGAGAUCUUUGUCUAUUACAACCCAAUCCUUCUGGGGAGGGUACUGUAUCAUCAUGUGAUGAAGGUUGUAAUUGUAGAAAUGGUGGUGUAUGCUUAGCUGAUGGCACAUGCAGAUGUCCAAAUGGCCUGGGAGGUGAAUUUUGCACGACUUCUGCACAACAGCAAAGUGAUUUGCACCGAAACCUCCUAAUCGGUUUACCAAUAACCUUGUUCGUCAUCAUCAUUGUCCUGAUUAUUCUCCUUUUUCUCUAUGUUCGCAAACGAAGAGUAAAAUCCAAGAGAGAAACUGGUGCAGAGGUUUCCUACAAUAACGGCAACACCAAUGUACACUUGGAUCCCCAGAGAUUCCCUAGUAAUAAUAUACCAGCUGCAUCAAAUCCUGUUUACAAUGAGAACACAUUCAACCCCGGACCCACUACCUAUGAUAAUCCUGGCUUCAUACCACCUGUGGGUGCCGCAGGAGGCCCGGCCCAGCCCGGACCAGAGAAGACCGGUCUACCAGGAGACGAGGAUCUGGGAGCAGGAGCUCUACCGGAGAAAGACAUGACCGACGCUGAGAAACUAGCCAUGUAUACCAGUCUCUAUCCAAACCAACCUAUACCGAACUACUACCAGACAGUCGGGAUGCCGCCCCCAGCCAUGCCCCAUGCCCACAUGCCUGAACCUCCCCCAGCCUACAGUCCUGAGGCAGCGCAUGGGGAGAGGGUCGACGAUGUACAUCUUGAUCCCCCAAACUCGGGGAAUGAUGAACGGGGUCUGGUAGACAACGAAGGUCAAGACUAACAUUUCAUUUCAAAUUUACUCAUAUGCAAAUGCAACAGGUUUGAAAAAAAUAGUAUAUAGCCGCAAUUGCAGAUGUGUUAUUUUGUUUCAAAAUGUUGCAGAGCUGUAACAUUCUCGAUGAAUUUGUUCUAUAAUAGCCUUAAUCAUCGGCCACACUAUUAUGGAUAAAGCUAAUUAUAUUUGAGUUUGUGUGAGCAGGAAUUUAAUAGUCCUACUAUGGUGCAGCAAUUUUACACCAAUUUGUUCUACUUUAUAGGAGAUAUGAUUAACAAGCAUCCAAUCUUAUUUAAAAAUAAUUUUGUUUUGCUUGGUCUGUACUACAUGUAUACUUGGCUUUAUAUAGACUGAAAGAAUAUGAGUCAAAGGUCUGAUCUUAGUUAGUGUGUGCAAGAAUUGCAAGUGGCUUUAUUUCAUUUUCAUUAUGAUUCAAAGCACAUGUCACACCCAGUACUAUUUGUCAGUAGAAAUAUUAUAUAUACAAGAGGCCUAUUUUAAAUAACUGAUGUACUUUUAUAGAUGUAUUUGUGAUAGAUAGUGCCUUAAUCACGUUGAACCUUGGCUUCUCGUAUGUACUGUGAUAAAUCGCUAUUCAGUACUGAUUUCUUUUUUUUAUAGUAAUGGCAUCAAGUUAUAUCUAGAGGAUGAAUGAAGCCAUGCAUGUUUUUUUUUCUUCAUUCAUUGAAAUUUUUAUUAAAUGUAAGCAUCCUGCUUUUCAAAUUUUGAGGAUGCUAGCAACACUGUUUUUUUUAUGUUUUGUUUUUAAUCUCUAUCUUUCAAAUUUUCCUCCAAGGUCAUUCCAUUAUUGAAGUAUUUCCAUGGUUUCUGUAUAUUUUUGUUGUAUACAUGCUAUCACAUGCACAACAUCCAGGUGAUAUUAGUCCAUUUCUUAUAAAUAUCUUACACUUUGUACGUGGAAUAGUCGGUUUUCGCGAGCGACAGGUAUUGUUAUUGUUAGAGCUCAAGCAAAUUAUAUUUUGUGAACAUAUUUUUCAAUUGAAAGUUUUAGCCUGUAUAUUUUUUUAUAAUUGAAAUAUAUAGCAGGGUACUUUUGUAAUACAACUUUUCUAGAAAUUUUAUUUCACAAAAGGAAUUAGGAAUAAUUGAAGGCAAUAUUUUAUGAGACAGAUUUGUGUGCCUCAGUAUUUUGGGUUCAAAUAAAAAUGUCUUUUUAUAUUCAAUUGAGGAUGAUAUUUGUAUAUUUGGUUAGUUGAUAAUUUUGACAAUUUUUUAUAAUUCUAAAUAAAAUAGUCAUAUUACUCAUGUACUGGUAUAUGAAUGAUCAUGUUGAAUAGAAUAUGCUUCUAAUAUGAGUAUAUUGGCAAUCAAAUUAUAAUGCAGUGAGGAAUCAACUACUGCAAAAGUCUGCAAUUUAAAUGAAUUUAAGUGCUUAUUGCUCACUGAUGUCAUAAUGUAUGAUUUCAUUUGAAAACAAACCAUUAGUUAUUACUGAUCCCCAAUUUUGAAAUUUUGGGUACAAUUAUUUUCUGUGAUUAUUAAAGUACUUUCAGUGCAUCAUACCAAAAUCAGAUAUAUGCUGUAGAUGAUCUCAUUCAUAGAUGUAAGGGAUUAUGGUAUCCUAAAGACUCAAUUUAAAGAUCCUGAAGGAAGAAAUUAAUUCUGUUCAACAAAUCAAUCUCUUUCAAGAGCUUGAAAGUUUUGUAUUAGAUAUUUAUCAUCAGUUUGUCUUUCAUUUUUGAUGCAAGUAUUCAUCCAUAUAAAUUGCACCUGUAUUCAGACUACAUGUAUUAAUUUAUUCACUAUGGACUGAAAAAUCAUGAUUCUAAAUUAUCCACUCAUUAUUGUAUUCAUUAUAUACGGCCAACUCCAUAAAAUUUAUGUUGGACAUCCUAUGUGUGGGAACUUCCUAAAAUGAUUGUAACGAUUUCUCAGUUUUUUCUUGUUUCUCCAGUCCUACAAAUGAUCCUGGAUAUUGAGGACAAAAUAGGUUAUUACUGUUAUGAGCUCUUCAAGGGGUUUGGAGUAUUUGAAUAGUAUCUACUCUUAUGUGAAGUGUUGGUCAUUUCCUGAUUUGGGGCAAAAUCAUCUCCAUUUUUUUUUAGGUCUGUUUUGUAUGACAGAUAUAGGGCUCUUUUUACUCUCGUGUUUAAGUUGUUUACCAAGUCAAAAUGGGGGAAAAAGUGGGAAAUGAAGGUUGGUCAUGCAAAAGGGUUUUUUUUUCUUGGAAUUGCCCAUGCAUAGUUCUUUCACUACAAAUGCAGCUUGUUUGAUGCAAUGUAUUCCAUUUGUAUUCACCAUAUAAAUAGUACUGAUUAUAAUGCUGAUAUUACAUUGUAUAGAUUUAUACUGUAUUUGUAUUCCUGAUGGUGACACAAUUUCUACUUACAUAAUGAUGUAUUCAAGAAUUCCACACAUUUGUGUGUGGGGGGAGGGGGGGGGGGUGGCUAUUGGGAGAGGAAGGGCAAGGGGAAUGGCAGGCGUGAUGAAUGGUCAACAGAAUUUCCACACUCCUUUGGAAUUGCCUGAUAUAGUUUUCAUUUCAAAUGGUAUUCUUUUUUCAGAUGAACAUGGGAUUCUUAUAAUUUGUAGGUUGCUUUUACCAGUAACCUCCAUGUCCACAACACACCCCAGUCAGGUGGAUUAUUGAUUUCUUAUUGUUAGCCAAAAGUGCCUGGUAUUCUUUUUUCUCCAGAAAAAAAAACUGUACUAUAGCCCUAGAAUUGAAUACCUGAAAUGAAAUGUCAACAAUAGAUUUACCAGCAUUUCUUUGAAUCUUUUACUUUGAAGCAUACCAUUUAAAGCUUCAGAAGUAUGCACAAAUAUUUCUACAAUGUAUCAAUAUCUAGUUUUAAAAUAGUUUAAAAUUCUAUGGUGAUUUCAGUAUCAUACAUAAGAUGAACAUUCUGGUACAUUAAUAAUGUAUUAUAUUAAUAUAUGUAUUGGAGGGCAGAUGUGUAUCUGCAAUCAGUGAACAAAUGUAGUUUUAUUAUAUUGUGUGUUGUUGGAACACAAGAGGCUUGAUUUGUAACCCCACUUAUUAGCUGCCUUUGGCCUGAUCAUAAUACCUGCUAUUAAAAAAAUGAAGGAUGGCCGUUACUAGUAACUUCUGUUGAAGCCUUGAUUUUCAUUGGCUGUUGAGGGACGUAACCAUGGUAGUUACCAUUGAUAGCUAAGUCAAAGUAUUAGUAAUAUGUAUGUUUUGUGUAAUUUGCCCCUGGGUGGGCUCAAGUAGAUACUGCUGUUAAACUGUUUUCUUUCACAAAUGUUGAAGUCUUUCACCUAUUUAAAGCAAGUGCAGCACAACAUAUAACAAAUAUUUAUAGUUUUAUAUCUGUAUGAGUGUCUUUGUAAAGUAAGGACAAUGAAAUAGUUAUGAAUCUUUUAGAUUCUAUUUGUAACAGACUAAUAUGCAAAGAAUGUUCAAGGUUAAAGGAAUGGACUAUUGGUGAUGAUUUUAACUAGCCUUUGUUUUCUGAGUGUUAUGUAAUGAUAUUGAUAAUCUUCUAAAACUUUUUACCCUUGUACAUGUGCAUUUCAAACUGAAAGUUGUAAUACUAUUGACUAUCAAAAGUGUCUUUACAUACUAAUCAUGAUUCUAUCAACUUCAAAAUUGUUGUGUGUCUUUAACGUCUUUGACUGCAAAUAAGCCUAAUGUUUUGUGAUAUUUAAUUUUUUUCAAGCAUCUUCCCAAAAGUCAGAGCCACAAUCCAAUAAGCAUCUUUUCAUCACUAAUCCUCACAUUUCAUCAUAUACAAUCCUAUGGGAAAUGCAGGAAAGUUGCUGCGAAAGAAGCUUAGUGGGUUUAUAGUGUUAUUCCUAUAAAAAUGUGGCUCAGAUUUUGGUAAGGUGCCUUAUAAGAAAGAAAAGGAAAAGAAAAUACAAUUUGUUAUGAAAUAUUCGAUUUGACUUUGAUUGUACAUUUUUGUUUAUUUUCUGUGAAGGAAUUCGUACAAAGCUUGAGAAAGAUAUAAUUGGUUUAUCUUGGACUACUAUCCCUACUUACGAAUACAACUAUUUAGAUAUGAUAUUAUGGCAUUCUCUAAUUUUUUUUUCCAUAGUUCUUUCAGGUUUGGAAUGAGGAAGGGCUGUAUGUAUUGAAGAUUGUAAUGGUUUUUAUUGUCUCACCUGCAUAGCAGAGUGAGACUAUAGGCGCCGCUUUUCCGACGGCGACGGCGGCGGCGGCGUCAACACCAAAUCUUAACCUGAGGUUAAGUUUUUGAAAUGACAGCAUAACUUAGAAAGUAUAUGGACCUAGUUCAUGAAACUUGGCCAUAAGGUUAAUCAAGUAUUACUGAACAUCCUGCCUGAGUUUCAUGUCACAUGACCAAGGUCAAAGGUCAUUUAGGGUCAAUGAACUUAGACCAUGUUGGGGGAAUCAACAUCAAAAUCUUAACCUAAGGUUAAGUUUUUGAAAUGUCAUCAUAACUUAGAAAAUAUAUGGACCUAGUUCAUGAAACUUAUACAUAAGGUUAAUCAAGUAUCACUGAACAUCCUGCAUGAGUUUCACAUCACAUGACCAAGGUCAAAGGUCAUUUAGGGUCAAUGAACUUUGGCCGAAUUGGGGGUAUCUGUUGAAUUACCAUCAUAACUUUGAAAGUUUAUGGAUCUGAUUCAUGAAACUUGGACAUAAUAGUAAUCAAGUAUCACUGAACAUCCUGUGCGAGUUUCAGGUCACAUGAUCAAGGUCAAAGGUCAUGUAAGGUCAAAGAACUUUGGCCACGUUGGGGGUAUUUGUUGAAUUGCCAUCAUAUCUCUAUAAGUGUAUUGGUCUAGUUCAUAAAACGUGGAAAUAAGAGUAACCAAGUAUCACUGAACAUCUUGUGCGAGUUAUAGUAGUUUUCAAAAUCAGCACUGCUGCUAUAUUGAAUCGCGUGAUGCAGGUGAGACGGCCAGAGGCAUUCCACUUGUUAUCAUUGUGUGUGUGUCUUUAAGAAAUGGUGCAAUUUUACUUAUUGGAGAGCAAGAUCCCCCCUCCUUCUUCCCACACCCUGCUUUUAGAACCAAACUGAAAUUUUUGUCUCCUGGUGUAAAGUAGAAACAUAGGUAGAAAAGAUGCAUGGCUGAAGUACAAUUUCAUGUGAACUAAAAUGUCUAACUGAAUACAUGUAUUCAUAAACAUUGAGUAUUUUUAGAGAUAUGAUUUGCAUUUUCAUAAAAAAAAGUGAAUUUUCAACAAGCGAGCAAUGUUAAGAAUUCAAUUAGGCUUUUUCAUAAUGAACGUACAUGUAUUUCCUGUGUGAUUAAUGUAGAAUCUGACGUUAUGCUGUGAGGUAUUUUUUCUUCUCGUCUUGGCUCCAUGUACUUUAUGAAGGCGGAAAUGAAAUGAUACUGUUCGGAAACAAAAUACAUGUAUUUUUGCAGAUUUUGUGCACAAGAUAUAGUUUUUGUAAACAAAGUAAUUAUUUUUUUUACUGAUCAAAUGAUUUCAUUUUGAUAUUAAAUUAGUUUGUCAUUCUUACGAAGGCCCUCCCUGGAUGCACAACACAUUUCCUGUCCACAGAUAAGUACACCUGUACUCCUCGUGUGAAAUCAAAUUUUAAAUUUACAUGUCAUACCUUAGUUAUUGUGGGAUUGAUUACAAUAUAAAUACUUUGCACUGUGUAUGAUUUUAUUUAUGAGUCCAUUCAAAGUACUUGAUAUUCUGUAUUCCUUCAAUUGAGAUUGAAAAUGCUAUUUUGAAAAUACUGUUAUGAAGUCCUGUAUUGAUUCCUUUUUUCUUCAAUAUGUACUUUACUGCUUGUAGAUUUUAUUUUCCUUUUGUAAUAAUAAUGAAUCAGAAAUAAAGAGAUUUUAUGAGGCAGAA